UCUCCUAAGACCAUCAGAAAACACACCACUUCUCUAUCAGCUUUCAGGCGGGUCCGCCCACAUGCAGAUACGUCCACAUUUCCCUGGACGCGAUGUGUGUGCGGGAUGACAUGCCGCCCCUGUCAUCUGGCCACAUCCCCGGGAUCACUCAACAGCUCUGCCUCCUCGCCAGUGAUUGGCCGCCGGAACUGUAGCUCAGGAGAGACACACAGGCGGCCAAUCACCGGCGAGGAGGAGGAGCCGAGCAGCAGCUCGAAGAUCAAAGGAGAUCUAGCAAGGGAGCGGCCGGAGAAGGAAGACAGCUGACAGCCAGGUAUGCUGGCUGUAGAUGGGAGAGGGAGGGAGCGAACCCAGGCUGGAGCAGGAGUCAGCAAGGUAAGUAUCAU